GACCUGUAGACGCAUCACUCUCAGAGAUCCGCUGCAUCACGGCUCACGCGCAAUGCUGAUUUUGCAAGGCGUCUUGUGCAACACCACUUGAUCUGCAAUCCUGCUCGCGUGAAACCGUUUCUUAGCUGCUCAUUGCUGCAAACAAAAGCCCUGCUGCUGCACUGUAACAUUUUUUCGUGCGCGCGGCCUCGCAUAAAAUGAAGCUCUGGCGAAGAGAGCCGACGCCAGAGGAGGAGCUCGACCGGCGCGCCGCCGCAGCGGUGACGUUACAGCGGUGGACGCGCGGCAUAAAAUGGCGAAAAACACACGCCAAAGACGUCCGAGCACUUGCUGCGCUACGUAGAUUCCAGGCCUCGACGCGGGCACGCGAAGCGGAACUGGUCGAGGUGACGCCGCUGCGGCGCUCCGCCGGCCUCGUCGCGAGCGCGGUCGGCGCGGCUGCAGGCUUCGUCGCGUCGUCUGGUGAUACCACGAUCGCCGCCGCGACGGCCGCCUCGCUCGCGGCGUUCACCGAGCGGCAGGGUGAGAAUGAGAGGCAUAAACAGACGCAGCAACUCACGGCUUCUCUCCAGCGCGACGCCAUCAAUCAAGAUCGAUUGCUCCAUCGCGAUUCCUUGCGCGCCGACCAGGAAUUGCACCGGAGGAGUAUACACGUCGACAAGGUAUUGCAUCUGAAAACAAUUUUAACGGAUUUACUGGAAGCCGAUAAAGAGGCGGACCGCGAUUUGUGGGAGCAAAGAACUGAGCGCUUCCAAACUCUGAUGACCGUAUCUGGCCUCCUCUUCGCGGGGGCAUUUGCGCUCGCCGUCGAGGGCGAUUUGCCGCGUGAGGCUCGAAACGACUGCGCCUUUCCCACCCCGCGGAGCGACCACCCGAAUUGCCUGAAACUCGUGACGCUCCACUAUUCUUUGCUCGCGUCCGCGUUCGGGCUGCAUCUAUGUGUUAUUUCGGGCUGUUUGUGUAUUACACGACUAUUCUCAGAGUUCAUGGACGUGAGAUUAAAAGGGCAAGCCGUGAUCAAGCGGAACAUGAAACGCUACUCCGUGCUGUUAUUGGGUAUGCACGAGAAUUCUUUGGACUCUAAGGAAGUCGAGGAGGCAGAGCGGAGGCUAGAUGAUGCGCUACGGCAGCAAUGCGUUAUCGAGACGUCGCGGCGCGGGACGUCGGACGGCGGCGAAGCGACGUUUGCCUGGAGCCUGUUUGAGUGGUACGAGCGGCGCUGCCUCCUCCAAGAGAAGGUUGUGAACUUCUGUUUUCAGACCGGAACUCUAGCGAUCAUCGGCUGCCUGAUGACGUACAUGAAGGGACAUUUAACGCUCGGCGACCCGGAGGAAAUGUUGGUUGCAAAGACGGCGUUCACGUGUUUCGCCUCGAUCCUCGGUGGUUUUGCCAUUGCGUCCAAUAUGCUGAGUUGCCUCGGCGCGACUUGGUGGACGUCUGUGUGGAAAUCCUUCACUAAGUCAUUUCUCGGCGAUGAUGCGGCCGCGCUGGCUCCGUUGACCGCCACGCCAUCGAGCAGGCGUCGCAUCGAUGGCGUGGAGGUCAACGCGAAGAUUCAGCACGAACGCGCCGUAAAAUUUUGAUUUCCACACAGGUGGGAACGCUGCGGCAUCAACCGACGGAGGAGCGGGCGGCCUAUUACCUACGAUACUGCUGUCGUCGUGCAGCGAGCCGAGCAGCUCUACACGUGGGCGGACGCGGACGGCAACGGUAUUUUGGACCGCGACGAGUUCGCGGAGAUGAUCCGGUCGAUCGACGCGGUCGAGGGCCCGCUCAUCAGGAAGGCUCACGACGCCCGUCUGCGCGCAAUGGCCAAUGGCGACGAGGAACCGCCCCGUCACCCUUGGGAUGUGCUCGGCAAGCAAGAAGACGGUACCGUCUACAAGAGAGUGUUGAGAGCGGUCGUCAAGCGACUGAUGCGAAGGCAUGACCUUCACGCGGGAGACACGGUGUCGAAGAUGGAGUGGGAUGCGGCAGUGAACGCGGUCACGUUCUCGGGCUGAGGAAUUUUUGUACUAGUUAUCUAAAGUUUAUCAAA